CGUCACGAAUGACACGUAUUCAAAAUGGCGGCCGCGGCUAUGGAGACAUGGUGGGCCUUGCUUCUCUUGUCAUUGUUGCCUGUGGUAUUACCCUUCUACGUUCCUGGAGUGGCUCCUCGGGACUUCCAUGAAGGAGACAUUGUAGAUAUUAAGGCUGUGAAGAUGACCAGCUCCCGUACUCAACUUCCGUAUGAAUACUACUCUCUGCCAUAUUGUAAGCCGUCGUCUAUUGUUUACAAGGGAGAAAACCUUGGUGAGGUGUUGCGUGGAGACCGUAUUGUGAACACACCAUUCGACGUAGCGAUGAACAAGGACAAGAAAUGUGAGGUGGUGUGCGACAAGAAGAAGCUCAGCAAAGCAGAGAGCAAGUUGUUUGCAGAGAGGAUACACGAGGAGUAUUAUGUUCACCUAAUUGCAGAUAACCUGCCGGUGGCCACAAGGUUGGAGGUGUAUCUCAGUAGGGAAGCAUUAGCUGAAGAAGAGCAGAGAAAGGACAUAGUUAAAGAUAUCCAGUUUGAACACGGCUACAGACUGGGCUUUGUCGACAACAACAAGGUUUAUCUGCACAACCACCUCUCCUUCAUCCUGUACUUCCACAGGGAAAAGCUGGAGGAGGGAGAGCAGCACAACUACAGAGUGGUGCGAUUUGAGGUCAUACCCCAAAGUGUAAAAGUAGAAGAUCUCAAGGCUGUGCAAAAGGACAAGACUUGCACCCUGCCGGAGGCCAGUGGCUCUUCUCCGCAGGAGAUUGACCCCACCAAGGAGAACGAGGUCCUCUUCACCUACUCUGUGCACUGGGAGGAGAGUGAGGUGAAAUGGGCCUCUCGAUGGGACACGUACCUGACGAUGAGCGACGUACAGAUUCACUGGUUCUCCAUCGUCAACUCUGUGGUGGUCGUCUUCUUCCUGUCAGGUAUCCUCAGUAUGAUUAUCAUCAGAACCUUGAGGAAGGACAUUGCUAAUUACAACAGAGAGGAUGACAUUGAAGACACAAUGGAGGAGUCCGGAUGGAAGAAUGUUCACGGUGAUGUCUUCAGGCCGCCUCAGUACCCCAUGAUUCUCAGCUCGCUGCUGGGGUCAGGGAUCCAGCUGUUUUGCAUGAUACUUAUUGUGAUAUUCGUUGCCAUGUUGGGUAUGUUGUCUCCAUCCAGUCGAGGAGCCUUGAUGACCACUGCGUGCUUCCUCUUUGUGUUUAUGGGUGUUUUUGGAGGCUACUUUGCUGGAAGACUGUACCGCACACUGAAAGGCCAUCGGUGGAGGAAAGGAGCGUUUUGUACUGCAACUUUGUAUCCGGCUGUGUUUUUUGGCAUCUGCUUCAUCCUCAACUGUUUCAUCUGGGGGGAGCACUCCUCGGGGGCGGUGCCCUUCCCAACCAUGCUGGCUCUGCUGUGUAUGUGGUUUGGUAUCUCCAUGCCUUUAGUCUACCUGGGAUACUACUUUGGCUUCCGUAAGCAGCCAUAUGACAACCCUGUACGAACCAAUCAGAUCCCUCGGCAGGUUCCAGAACAGCGUUGGUACAUGAAUAAGUUUGUAGGAAUCCUGAUGGCUGGGAUCCUCCCAUUCGGUGCCAUGUUCAUUGAGCUCUUCUUCAUUUUUAGUGCCAUCUGGGAGAAUCAGUUUUAUUACCUUUUUGGCUUCCUGUUUCUGGUCUUCAUCAUCUUGGUGGUCUCCUGCUCUCAGAUCAGCAUUGUUAUGGUUUAUUUCCAGUUGUGUGCAGAGGACUACCGAUGGUGGUGGAGAACAUUCCUAGUUUCAGGAGGGUCAGCCUUCUAUGUCCUCGUGUACGCCGUCUUCUACUUUGCUAACAAGCUGGACAUUGUGGAGUUCAUCCCCUCGCUCUUGUACUUUGGCUACACUGCCUUGAUGGUUCUUUCCUUCUGGCUGCUAACCGGCACCAUCGGCUUCUACGCCGCCUACAUGUUCAUCAGGAAGAUCUACGCCGCCGUCAAGAUUGACUGACUCUGUUGCUGCUCCUGUUUUUGUUUUUUUUUGUCACAUUUUAUUUUUCCCAUCAAGCACUGACUGGUGUUUUGAGGAGGUAUUUUUUUUGCAGUCCAAACGGAGAACAACGGCCUCUUCUUCUUUCCUUGCCACCCCUCAUUUGAUUUUUGAUUUUUUAAUAUUUGGAUGGAGACCCAGAGGAUGUUUUUUUCUGAUAGGACAGUUUACGUCUUCAGCUGGGGUCACCUUGGGCCAAAACAAUGAUUUUUUUUUUUGGCACACUUUUUUUGGGCUUAAUUUAUCUUGUGUUUUUAAGUUGCGUCAUCAACCAUGAUUCAUCUUUUGAAUGAAAUAUUCCCUUUUUUCUUCAUUUUCCACUUUACAGAUGGAAAGUUUAACUGUGGUUGUCGUGUUGUCUUAUGUUGGACUGAUAUGUAGGAGGGAGUGAUGCUGGGAGAUUCCAUAGAAUGGAUACAUGAAACACUCUCUUUUUUUUUUUUUUAACUUAUGCUUCCAUAUCUUUCCUGUAUGAAAAUAGCAGCUCCCCCAACUUCUUAAAUGUACCAAAUAUGUAUUGCCUCUAAACGAUGAAAUAAUGAUGUGAAAAGUGAGAUACUGAGAUUUAAUGGAGGCACCGUGUUUGGGGGUUUACCACGCACAUGUACAUCAGAAACUUGGAAGAUGGUUUUUAAUGCUCAUUAAAUGGUUACUGCAGUAUUUUUUUUAAAUUAUUAUUUCUUCCCUGUAGUUUUGGGGGUUAAAUAUCUUAAUAAGCCGCAUCAGACUUCCCUGCAAUUAUGGUGCAAUGGAGGUAAUGUGUCAAUAGGGGGCAAAGGGGAGCUACAUUUGAGCAUAUAGUAGAUUUGCUUACUACUGGCAUUUUUAUUUUAAGGGGGUAUGGGGUGGGUAUGCAUGCUGUGAGCCAAUUAAUUUGCAAAGAAAUUGAUUUUACUUGAAUAAGAUUUGAUUUUCAUUAAUAAACGGUGGAUUAUGUACUUCCAAUUCCUGCAGGAUGCAUUAGCAUAUCAUCUAAAUACUUAUGUGUUUUUUUUUGUGCUUUCAUAAUAAACGUAGCAAUGGUACACACCAUUUAUUC